AUGGCCGACGACGGUGACCAAAUCCUCAGUGAGCUCGACGCACUCAGCCACACGCUCUACCAGGCGCACAACAAGCGCCGCACCGCCUCGCUCGCGCUCCGUCGCUCGGCCGGCGACAGCAAUGCAGGCGGCGCUGACGCUGUCCGCGCCACGGCGCGCCCGCUCCCCCGCCGCCUAUCCAUGUCGCCGUUCCGGUCGAGGCCUAAGCUCGACAAGAACUUGAACGCCGAUGACGACGACGACGACUACGACGACUACGCGGGCGUAGCGCUGCCGUCCAAGAGCCAGAGCUUCGCCGCGGUGACAACAUUGCCGACCGUGGCCAGGGAGAAGAAGGGCAUUCGGGGAUGGAAGCCGAUCCGCGCGUUGUCGCGCAUCGGCAUGCAGCGGAUGGGCUGCCUCUUCUCCGUGGAGGUAGUGGCCGCGGAGGGCCUGCCCACGUCCAUGAAUGGGCUGCGCCUCGCGGUGGCCGUGCGCAAGAAGGAGACGCGCGACGGCGCCGUGCAGACCAUGCCGUCGCGCGUGCACCAGGGUGCGGCCGACUUCGAGGAGACGCUCUUCGUCCGGUGCAACCUCUACUGCAGCGGGGCGGUGCCACGGGCGCCGGAGCUCGACUUGGGCCGGAAUGCUGUGGACUUGAGCCUUCUCGUGAAGGAGUCCGCGGAAAGGAGCCAGCAAGGGGAGCGCGUCAGGCAGUGGGACAUGGCGUUCCCACUCGCCGGUAAGGCCAAGGGCGGCGAGCUCGUCGUCAAGCUGGCGUUCCAGAUCAUGGAUGACGGAGGUGUCGGGCUGUACAGCCAACCGGCCGUUGCAGGCAAAACUGGCUCCUCUUUGUCCUCCUCCUCGUUUGCUCGGAAGCAUAGCAAGUCGUCGUUCAGCAUCACGAGCCCCAAGGUUGUGCGCUCGGAGCCGGCGCUGAUACCGCCCAAGGGCGCGCCAUCGCCGGACUUGCUGGGCAUUGACGAUUUCAAGCUCGAUGAGCCGAGCCCGGUGGUGGCCGAGGUCAAACAGGAGCAGCAGAAAGAGCCGGAGCCCGUGCCUGAGGACGCGAAAGCCGAUGACUCGGAGUUCCCGGAGUUCGAGUUCGACAUCGUCGACAAGGGCGUAGAGGUGCAAGAAGAGAAGGAGGAUGAACCGAAAGAAGAGGUUGACGACGAGAAAGAAACCGGGAAGGAGGAGGAGGAGGAGGAUGCUUCAGCGGCUGCCGGUGAUGAGGUGGUCAAGGAGGUAGUGCUCGACAGCGCGCACGCGUGGCGCCUCAACGAACUCGAGGCGAUCACCAACCAGAUCAAGGCCCUCGAGAAUAUGAUGCUCGGAGAUGUGCUGGAGGCUGGCGCCAAGUCGCCGCCGGAGCGGCAGGAGGACGAGGCACUCGCGGUACUCGACGCCGACGAGGAGGAAGUGACUAGAGAGUUCUUGAUGCUGAUGGAACAAGGAGAGGACAAAGACGCGAACGCCAAGUCGUCGGCUCCUCAGGUGUCCUCCCUCAAGUCCGGCUCGAAGCCUGGCUCUGGCGUCGACGCCACGUGCUACAUCUCCGACCUCGGCAAGGGGCUCGGCCCCGUCAAGCUUCCCGGCGGUGGCGCCGAGGUGUUCCAACGCCUGUGCGCGGGCGGGUCUGAGGCACUGUGCGCGAAGCUGGGCGCGCUCAUCUCCAUGGACGAUGUCGUCGGCAAGACAGCCGAACAUAUCGCGUUCGAGGGCAUGGCCUCCGCGAUCAUCAGCGCACGGAGCAAGGAUCUCGUCGCGAACUCCAGCGCGGCCGAGUCCGUCUCGUUGCUCCGGACAAUGUCCGUGGCGAUGAACUACGGGCGCCAGGAAAGGAUCGCCACCGGCAUCUGGAACGCCCAGGAGGCGCCGGUGACCGUCGACGAGAUCCUGGCGUUCUCGCUGCAGAAGAUAGAGACGAUGGCCAUCGAAGCGCUCAAGGUCCAGGCCGGCAUGACCGACGAGCAGGCGCCGUUUGAGGUAUCGCCAGAGACGGCGCAGGCCGGGCACCUUCUGGACACCGCCGUGCCACCGGAGGAGUGGGUCACCGCCUGCGCCGGCGUGGACGCCGUCACUUUGCUCGUGGUGGUCCAGCUGAGGGACCCCCUGCGCCGGUACGAGGCCGUGGGCGCACCGUCAGUCGUGAUCAUCCUGGCCGUGCGGGCCGGCGGCAGCAGCGACGACGAGCCGAGGUUCAAGGUGGCAAACCUGCACCUCGGAGGCCUGCGGCUGAAGUCGCCUGACCGGCGCAACAUGUGGGACGGCGAGAAGCAGCGGCUCACGGCGAUGCACUGGCUCGUCGCCUACGGGCUAGGCAAGGCUGGCAGGAAGAACCGAGCCGCGGUGGCGGGGAAGGCCGGGAAUGAAGUGCUGUGGAGCAUCUCGUCGAGGGUUAUGGCUGACAUGUGGCUCAGGCCGAUGCGCAACCCUGACGUGAAGAUCCACCAGAAGUAG